UUUAUUUAACUGUUGUUUUUUUUUUUUCAUUAGAUCUUAGUAGAAGUUUGAUAAUACAUGAACUGGGGAGUGGAAGGGAUGCAGAAAAAAUGGAGAUAAACAAUCACAAUAUACACAGAGUUAUUCAAGAAGGAAAAGUGCAUGGCACACGCUCCAUGGGAUCUGCUGCCCUCAACCUGUGCUUUGUGGCACGUGGAGCAGCUGAAGCAUACUUUGAAUAUGGCUUGCAUUGUUGGGAUUAUUGUGCAGGUGCAUUAAUUGUAGAGGAAGCCGGAGGCUGUGUCCGUGAUCCAGGUGGUGGCGAUUUGGAUCUGAUGGCCCGCCGUGUCAUUGGAGGCAGCAGCGUCCAAGUUGUCGAGAAUAUUUGCAAGUUCUUAAAACCUAUUGAAUUUGAAAGGGACUAAAUGUUAUCACCCGAAAUUUGAAUCCUAUAAUAAAACUCUUGGGUUCACUAAUGAUCCAUGGUGUAAAAAUUAUAAACACUGUAUAAUUUUGCCCAGCAUUGGCAUACCUGUAUUAUUUUUCUGUGACUUGUUUAAGUGUUCAUUCUUUCAAUAUAGUUAUUUUUUUGUCAUAGAUACGUAUUAUUAAAUUACACUAAUAAAUGACACAGCCACCAACUAACUCACCAACCAUGAAUUUACCAAGUGGACAUCUUACUCGUUAUCGAGGGAUUGCCAAUGAUGAUGAUGAUAAUUAUUUUUUUGUCAUAGAUACGUAAAUUACACUAAUAAAUGACAUGUUUUGACAUGUAUUGUGUCAUUAUCAGCCAAUAGUGCUAAUGCUACGAUUGGUUUAUAUACUACCGGACAGAUGUGUAACAAACAAGCAAAUACCAUUGGUAAGUCAAUACAGUUGGUGCGCUGAGUACAAGCACACGACUAGGUAUACUCCCCAGGGAGCAGGAAAGGGUUGCACUUGUUAUCCAGUGACCAGGGAUAAAAACGCUGAGUAUCUUUGAUCAUUCAAUUUGGCGCUAUAUAAAUAAUUGGCAUUAUUAUUAUUAGUAAUUGCCUGUUUGCCGUGCAUCUGAACGGUAGUUUAUACACCAGUAGCAGUAUAAGCACUAUAAACAUGUUGUUUAUUAGUCUCAUUAUACCUAUUAUUCUUUUUAUAUCUUAUGGUCAUCACUUUUGUUUUAACAUAAGGGCGCUAUAUAAAUAUAAAUUUAUAGCAAUAAUUUAGUGACAAACUGAACAAUACAAAAAAAAUAGAAUGUAGUAACAAAAGUUUUAUAAACAAUGUAUAAAUUGGACAAAAGGUGUAAAUAUUUUUAAUGAGUAGUAAUUAAUAAAGGAGUAAGUUAACUAGUUGUGGUGCAAAACUGUAAGUACAGCGCUGCAAAUACAUUCAUGGACAUUUUGGUUUAAAAUAACACCUCAACGUUAUUUAGUCAGAAAUUGCGUUAUAAAUAAGUAUUUGUGGUUCCACAAAACAUCAAACUCUAUGUUAUUAUAUAACUAAUUUUUAGUUGGUAGGUAUAUCAAAUAUAUACAAGUGUUUGUAAUUAUAAUGAAUAAAUUGUUAAUAAUGUAAUAGGCCUA